AUGUGCCGACAGUAUAAUGACUAUGGAUCCGUUUCCCGCGAUCGGGAGGAGAACAAUCUCAACAGUAUCAAUUUUCCGGGGUUGCAAGCGGGUUAUACACAAGAAAAAGAGGAGAUGUAUGAUGCCUGCAGCCAAUGGAGCGACAAUGCGAAGCAGUCACUGUUGGAUAUUGCCAACUAUGAACGCGAGUGCCUGGAGCUUGCUGUAAGACGGCUGCAACCUGGAAUUACAGAACCUGUUCGGAAGGCUUGGAAGGUCUUCCUUGACGUGACAGAUGUCUACGGCCAGGUUUAG